UUUUCUAGGUAGUAGAAUUCCUGGUCAGAGUUCCUAUAGCAGUGCAGCGGUGGCAUCCAUCACUGGCAGGGGUGGGGCGCAUGCGCGCGGUUGCUAGGCAACGGCGGUUGGGCUCAGCAGAGAUUAAGGAGCCAGGGUUGUGUGUGUAGGCAGCAGCGCCAGAGGUACAGGAGGAUGCAGCUGCGACCGCCGCCCCAAGAGGGAGCCGCGGCUGUCUCUGGCCACGGGGACUGACGGACUGGAAUCAGGCCUGAGGGUCGCUUCAUUGAAGACACUGGGGGCGUCAUCUAGCCAGAGGCUCGGGCCUACUAGGAGGAGAAGGUCCAGACUGCUGGGCGAGGGCCCUCCCACCUCCAUUCCUUCCCCUCAUCCUUCUACAUCGAUGGUGGUGAAUUCGGAGACGCCAGGGAACCAAGGCACCAGAUUUCAUCCUUACAUCCAGCUUUUCUGUGGCCCCAUCUCUUGGACACCUGCGCAGCCACCUACCUCCCUUGCCCGCCAAACCUAUCUACGGCGGCGGGCGGGGGAGGGGCUCCUUCCCCAGCUUUGCUGCUGGGGCUUCCAGGAACCGAGCUGGGCGAAGACGGUGACUGUAGGAGAGUAGGGGGAAGAAGCCAAGAAUUGAGAGUUUUCUCCUGAUUGCAUUGUGCUGAGAUUGGCAGAAAUCAUGACAAGUUACAAGCUUACUGGCUGGUGCCACCUACAAACAAGACUCUCUUUUCUGUGAUGCCCCUCUGCCAUGCCAUCCUGCUUUGGAGCAAGCUGACAAUGGAAUGAAACCUCUAUGAAGUGUAAACCAAUUCUGUUCAAUUUUUACUAUGUCCAAAGGUAUCUGCAGAUAUUUUGAAGACAACAAAAGGCAUUAUGGUCUCUUCUCGCUCCAGAUGAAUUUUAGGAGUGAUUUCUCAAGAUCUAUGAGAAUUCUGCAGUGAAUCCAUCUGGGCCAUGGCUAUUCUUUGUAGCUUAGAGAGGAAGAGAAGAGUCUGGGCUACUUUAUGAAUGGUUCUGAAUGAAGAUGUGCACCAAUCAAGGUGGACAGCUGAAGCAUUGCAGCCCCUUCAUUGGGACAUUCCUGAAGGAUACAGUGAAGUGCUGGAUAUUGAACCAGAAUUCUCAUUCCUAUUUGAUAAAACUGAGACUCAAAAAGAAGAAAACAGGUUAGAAUUGAAACUUGACAAUACAAAUAAGCCUUGCUAUCCUCCACGCUUGUCCCUUGCACUCCUGGACUCAAGUGAUCCUCCUGCCUCAACCUCCUGAGUAGUUGGGAAUAAAGUUGUGCACAACAGUGCCCAGGGAUUUGUAACAUCUGAAUAUACCAAACCAAACAGGAAAACUCUUAUACCAUUGCUACCACAACUUUUUACCACAGAAGAGUACCACUGCACAUAAAUUCCAAGAAGAGUAUAAAAGAAAAUAAAAAGAGUUGAUUAGACCUGAGACUACCUACUGAACGAGAUGACUGCCACAGCUGCAGUGGAGACACCAAAAAUGGAAAAAAGUGCCUCCAAGGAAGAGAAGCAGCAGCCUAAGCAGGACAGCAUAGAGCAGGGAAAUGCUGAUUCUGAAGAGUGGAUGAGCUCUGAGAGUGACCCUGAACAGAUAAGCCUGAAGAAAAACAGCAGUAUCUGCCAACCUGGAGAUAGUCAGUUGAAGAAGGAGAUGCCUUCCAAGAUACACCGUCAGCUAUGUCGAUCACCCUGCCUGGAUUGUCCAAGUUUCUCCCAAAGCAGUAUUUUACAAGAUAGUAAGCUUGACUUAGAGAAAGAAUACCAAGCCAAGAUGGAGUUUGCUCUAAAGUUGGGCUAUUCUGAGGAACAAAUUCAAUCAGUACUGAAAAAGCUGGGCCCAGAAUCACUUAUUAAUGAUAUAUUGGCAGAACUUGUCAGACUUGGGAACAAAGGUGACUCAGAAGGGCAGGUCAACUUAAGUCUGUUAGUGCCACGUGGACCCAGCUCCAAAGAAAGUGUAAGCCUCGAAUUAUCUCUUGAAGAUGAAAUAGACAACAGUGACAAUUUGAGGCCAAUUGUCAUUGAUGGAAGUAAUGUAGCAAUGAGCCAUGGGAAUAAGGAGGAGUUUUCCUGUAGAGGAAUACAACUUGCUGUGGAUUGGUUUCUAGAUAAAGGUCAUAAAGAUAUCACUGUAUUUGUGCCUGCAUGGAGAAAGGAGCAAUCCCGACCUGAUGCUCCAAUUACAGAUCAAGAUAUUCUUCGUAAACUGGAGAAAGAAAAGAUUCUUGUCUUCACACCAUCCCGAAGGGUUCAGGGCAGAAGGGUUGUUUGCUAUGAUGAUCGAUUCAUAGUCAAAUUAGCAUUUGAUUCUGAUGGCAUCAUUGUGUCCAAUGACAACUACCGAGAUCUUCAAGUUGAAAAGCCAGAAUGGAAGAAGUUUAUUGAAGAGCGGUUGCUGAUGUAUUCUUUUGUGAAUGACAAAUUUAUGCCUCCAGAUGAUCCUUUAGGACGUCAUGGCCCAAGCCUUGAAAAUUUCUUAAGAAAAAGACCCAUUGUUCCCGAGCAUAAGAAGCAACCAUGUCCUUAUGGCAAAAAAUGCACCUACGGCCACAAGUGCAAAUACUACCAUCCGGAGCGGGCCAACCAACCCCAGCGUUCGGUGGCUGAUGAGCUCCGCAUCAGUGCCAAACUGUCCACAGUGAAAACCAUGAGCGAAGGCCCCAUGGCCAAGUGUGGGACAGGGAUGUCUAGUGUCAAAGGUGAGAUAACCUCAGAGGUAAAACGUGUGGCACCCAAGCGUCAGUCAGAUCCCAGCAUCCGGUCUGUGGCUGUAGAGCCUGAGGAAUGGCGGUCCAUUGCCCGUAAGCCUGAGGCCAGCUCUGUCCCAUCACUUGUGACUGCCCUAAGUGUCCCCACAAUCCCGGCCCCCAAAAGCCAUGCAGUGGGUGCACUAAACACCCGUUCGGCCAGCAGUCCAGUACCAGGAUCCUCCCAUUUCCCCCAUCAGAAGGCCUCAUUGGAGCACAUGGCCAGCAUGCAGUACCCCCCUAUACUAAUUACCAACAGCCAUGGGACUCCAAUUAACUAUACUGAGCAAUACCCAAAGUUUGAGUCUAUGGGGGACCACAGCUACUAUUCGGUGUUAGGCGACUUCUCCAAGCUGAAUGUCAACAGCAUGCAUAAUAGAGAAUACUACAUGGCUGAAGCAGAUCAGGGCAUGUAUAGUCGGAAUCCCAACUUCUGUCCUGACAGUCUUAUGAGCCAUACCAGGAACGACAACUAUUCCUCUUACAACAAUCUGUACUUGGCUGUAACGGAUGCCCAUCCUGAAGGCAGUUUGAAGCUGCACCGCUCAGCAUCUCAGAACCGUCUUCAGCCUUUUUCUCAUGGUUACCAUGAAGCCUUAACUAGAGUGCAGAGUUAUGGCCCAGAAGAUUCCAAGCAAGUCCCCCACAAGCAGUCAGUUCCCCACUUAGCUUUGCAUGUCCAGCACUCGGCAACUGGAGCAUGCUCUAGCUGCCCUGGAGACUACACCAUGCCUCCCAAUAUUCAUCCUGGGGCAACAUCCCAGCCAAGCCGUGCACUAGUAAUGACUCGGAUGGACAGCAUUUCUGAUUCCCGACUCUAUGAGAGCAACCCCUUAAGGCAAAGACGACCUCCUCUGUGCCGGGAACAGCAUGCCAGUUGGGACCCACUGCCCAGUACAACCGACUCCUAUGGCUAUCAUUCCUGUCCCUUAAGUAACAGCCUCAUGCAGCCAUGUUAUGAGCCAGUCAUGGUACGGAGCAUGCCUGAAAAGAUGGAGCAACUGUGGAGGAAUCCUUGGGUUGGAAUGUGCAAUGAUUCCAGGGAGAAUACGAUUCCAGAACACCAAUAUCAGACCUACAAGAACCUUUGCAAUAUUUUCCCUUCUAACAUUGUUCUUGCAGUGAUGGAGAAGAAUCCUCACACAUCAGAUGCCCAGCAACUGGCAGCUUUGAUUGUUGCAAAGCUUAGAGCUGCACGUUGACAUGACACAGGAUUUAGUCCUUUAUACACAUAUAAAUAUUAAUACACUAGUACUAUGAUUACAGUAACUAAUGAUUUACAUUGUGCUUUAAAAGUUACCAACUGUUUACAUCAUGUAAGUUCACAACAACCCCACAAAAUAAGUCUUAACAUCCUAUUUCAUAGAGAAGGAAGCUGACACUAAUGUAAGUGACUCGCCAUGUUUAUGCUGCUAGAAAAUGACCAAGUCAAGAUGCAUACCCAAAUCCUCUGACUCCAAGUCUCUUGUCCUUUUGCACUGCACCAUUGCAGGUAAUGGAAGAUGAAACCCAGGGAAAGAAGCCUAAAUGCAACAAAUCCCAAGAGAUUCCAUUAUCAGUGCUUUCUUAAUCACAUGUUCUAUGUUACAAAGUAUGGAUGAUAUAGUCAGUUUAAAGAGCAAAAGCAACAGGAUCAGAUAGUGUGCUGAAUUAACCUUUUAGAGUUUUAAUAAAAACAUUUAAAGCUAUUGAAAAGUAAAUACAUACUUUAUUGCAUGGGUAUCUGAUCAUUCAGUAUCUUUCUUAAGCAAGUCAUAGGGUCACAUUGAAGCUUUUAGAGCUGUAUUUAAACCCUACCAUCAACAAUUAUAUUGCAUGUAUGAGUAGUAUAUAUUUGGUUUAAUGUGUGUAUAUCUGAUACAACUUUUAUAUAGUGAUUUUGAGAAGGUUGGCUCUACAGUCCUACUCUACAGGUGUAUAGAUCAUGAAUCUUAUUGAUUUUGUCAUAUUUCAUAGUUCCAACUCAAUUUGAAAGUGAAAUUAUGUGCUAAUAUAUAAGCAUUGUUUUCUUAGGCACCAGAGCAAACCAACUUUAUUUCAUUUUCUUCCUUUUUACUUGCCAGCAUUUAUUAACAGUUCUUAGUUUCUAAGUUUCUUCACUUCAGCACAUUAGGGGUGAGGUUGAAGCCUUCUGCAGAGGAAUUGUUGAGUAAGUUCAAAUUCCACACAUAGUUUGUGCUACAGAAGUGCAGAAGAGUCUGACCAGAAACAAAGGACUACCAAAGUCCACCCCCCUUUUCCCAGGAAAGAUGGCCAAACCUACAUGAAAGUAAAUGAAAACACAAAAGCUUCAUGCGAGGGGCUAAUGGAUGCUUUUUGGACUUUUGAUCUAUGCAGUCUUAAAACAUCACAAAAUAAAAUAUAAUGGAGGACAGUGUACAGCCAUGUGCUUUCUCUUGCUGCCCACCCUUUGGGCAAUAAGGUCAAUAACUGCUGAAGCAGAAUUUCUUAGGAAACAAAACCAGGGGAUUUUUUAGAUGGAAGAAAGGCAGAUUCCAAAAGAGAAUGCUGCAUCUUUGCUAAUAACUGGCUCAGUUACACACUUUAAAUCUAUUCACAUAGAGUGCACUUGCUGUUAGAUAAUUCGUAAGAUGCAUUACUCAAGAAGGCAUGAUUUUGGGUGACAUAAUUUGCGCAAUUUGUAUCUUGCUCAGGGUGGAAACGUUUGUAGCUAAAUACCUCUAGAAGAGGUGUUUAUUGAUUUGUUAAACUGCACUGAAUGAACCCCUUUUUUAAUCCACUGUAUAUUUCGACAUUUUGAGCCAUGCCUAGCUUACUAUUUCUUGAGCUGGCACUUGGUAAUUUCAUGGUUGUUUUUUUCAUGAAAGUUGAGAAGGCCUGGCCUUGGCCUUUUGUUUCUUCAUGAGAAGGUGUGACACUGCCUAUAGAUGUUUCUUACUGUGAAACACUCUGAAUGUGAGGCUGCAGUCAAGGUUAUUUCUGGGGUUUGAUAAUGGCUUACAUGCUGCUUUCUGGCUUUGUCUCUGUCCAAGUUGAUCAAUACUGUAUCUUAACUAGUGCUUCUCUUCACUUAACCACAGCUUCCUAUUCAUCUCCUAACCUCUAAUCAUUCCAUUCCCCAGCAUAUUGGUAACAUGUAAACAUAUUUUCUUAUCAGGUAGGUCAACAGAGAGUGAUAACUGCCACUGCAGUUCUUGCUAUUUCACAUAAACACCGCUUCAUACCUUCAGUGUCAUGGAGUUUCUAAAUUGUCUCAUAUCUAGAUCAUGGUAUUUGACCACCUUAGAUUACUCCAAUGCCUUUGUGCCAGUUAAUCUUCCUACCAAAAUCAUCAAUGAGUGACACUGUAGUAUCUACUCAUUGCACAACUUAUAGGAAAGCACAAGAUUAAUCUUGUCUGCUAUUCAUCUUGAAUAUAAUCAUACUUAGUACUGAAAAUAACUGUGAGAUCUUUCCCAUGCAGGAGAUAUUCUUAGUGCACUAUAUGUAUAUUUUAUUUUCUAAAACAAAAUAUAUUUUUUCCUCAUAAAAUUGUGUACAAACCAAAGUAGCUAGAAGCAAUGCCUCAAAUAACCAGAAAUGACCUUUUGUUGAUACAAAUUGUAUCUUUUUCCUGAUUGUAUAGAAAUAAAUGUACAAAACUCACCUAAAACUAGGUUUGGUACUGAAUUUUCUCCAUGAUGUUUGUGGCACUGUGUGUCACAAGGUUACACGGAAGUAGUCCAGGGGUUUAUAAGGGAGCUUUUAUUUCCAAAGGGCAGUGGUGGUUUAUAUUCCAAGAUAAUUUUUCAAGGCCUCUUUAUUAUUAGGCAUAAAGGUAUUGUAUGUACAGUUUUAAGCAUUAUGUAUGUUCUUGUUAGCCUGAUUUAAUACGUCCUUAUAAUAGGGGUUUUCUUUAAAAAUGUCAGUUUAAAUGAAUCAUCUGUAAGAAUCUAUAAUGCAGCUAUACAACUAUGAAUGCAUAAGUCCAGCUUGUUUUUUAGCUAUUAGAGCAACAUAUUCUUUAUAUUGAGGUCUGCAUACUUGUUUUCCAUUUUGUAUGUAAUUAUAAAAUAGCAAAUAACAAAGAGCAUUAGGAUUUCCUUGGCUCCUUGGUAAUGAAAUCAAGCUUCUUUCAUGAAGCUUAGCAUGUGUCCUUCAGGAUAUUUUCCUCUAAGCACUCAGCAUGGUUACUGCACAGAGUUUUGUGUGGUUUUAAGAAGCAGUACAUUUUGCAAGAGGUGCUUUGUAAUUUUAAUUCUUCCACUGGUGUUCUGACCUCAUAGUAAGUCCUUGCCUACUAAGGCCUUCGAUUUUAUAGUUUUGUGAUUUUUGUGUAUGUGACUUUGUUCUUGUUUUUAUUUUGACAUAAAGGAGAAAUGGGACCCUUGUGUGGCAUAGUCAAUCCAGGGAACCCUUUCUAUAAAACAGCUCACACGAAAAGGAGGCUUUUUCAAAGGUAAUAUUGAACCACUGCACUCUCUUUACAGUGCCAGGUAUAGACCAGAGAAUGGCAGAUACAACAGAUGCCUUACAGAAACGAUCUAUGAAUCUUUUAAAUAAGGAAACACAUAGCAUGAUUUUCUCCUUUUUGUUUUUCCCUUCUCCCUGCCCCUUGCCAGUAUCUAGAACAUUUCUCUUUAAUUAAUUUUUUUCUAUUUUGGAGUAAAUUAUCUUUAUACAGUAAUUUAAUCUUGGUAUCCAUAAACCGUUGUCACUGAGUUUUCUUCUAACAUGGAAGAGUUCAUUUUGAGAGGCACUGCUAUCAUUCUAUCUAUGCUGUAAGUAAGGGACUUUGUACAAAUGCCCUUUUUGAGGGCCUAUAAUUUCAAUACAUUUUGUUUUACUCUGUGAACCAGAUUUGGAUUUGCACAGGGGAAAGUAAUGCUGAACUGUCCAAAGAGCUCUGCUCAGGUCUCCUAACCUUUCUCUGCCCUCCCCUACUUUUCUUCUCCUCAGGUCUCGUACUGGGGAGAACGGUCUUCAAUUGAAAUAGUACUACAGUUUGCUUUUACUGGAAACCAAACCAGUAUAUUUCUGGUAUCUGCUUGUCUAAAGUAGUCAGUGUCUUUGCAAAUAUUUAACAUAUUCAGUAUCUACUGUAUUAUAGCUAUUUACACACGCAGAUUGACUAUUUUUAGUCCUGGUUUGUGUAUCAUUGAGCUAUAGUAGUUUGCUUUAUCCAUUUGUGGGAUUAAACAAUACCGUUUAAUGGUUGUAAACUUUUACAAAACCUCUUUGGGUUUCUUGUUUGACCCAAACAUAAUGUAAGUCUCAAUGACAAAAUACACAAAGUCAACCAGAGGUGAGUGAAAAAUAUAUCUUUUUCCUAGCUUCAUCAGUCCCAAAAUGCAUGUGCAAUGCUUUGUAAUAUGUUCUCACAAGCAUGAAUGUGCUAUGACUACUUAACAAAGUUUUGUUUCACCUAUAAUCAUAAUGGAAAAUGCUGUAUCAUUGACAACAAUGAACUGUAACCAAACUUAUUGCAUAAACUAUGUUUUUACUAACUA